AUGACCGUCUUGAUGCCCAUAAGCGCUGCGUUCAUUCAUCACGCUAGUGCCUGGGUUGACGACGCCUGGGGUUUCAUGAUCGGCUGGAACUUCUUCCUUUUCGAAGCGCUUCUCAUCCCAUUUGAGAUCACAGCUUUGAAUAUGGUCUUAACGUUUUGGAGAGACGACAUCCCUUCCGCUGCGGUCAUUACCGUUUGCAUUGUGCUCUACGCCCUUUGCAAUGCACUCAUGGUCAAGUACUUUGGUGAAACAGAGUUUUGGCUCGCAGGGGGCAAGCUUCUUCUCAUCGGAAUACUCUUCUUCUUUACCUUUAUCACCAUGGUUGGAGGUAACCCACAACGUGAUGCAUAUGGAUUCCGUAAUUGGUCUAAGCCAGGCCCUUUUGUUGAGUACAUUGACGAGGGCGACUUGGGUCGCUUCCAUGGGUUUCUCGCCGCACUAUGGCAAGCUGCUUUCACCAUUGUCGGCCCCGAAUACCUAGCCACCGUUGCUGGCGAAGCGCAGCGGCCUCGCACAACCAUGAAAGCAGCCUUCAAGUCCGUGUACUGGCGAUUCGGAAUCUUCUUCGUUGGUGGCGCGCUGUGUGUUGGCAUCGUCCUGCCGGCCAACGACCCGACACUUCUGAGUGUCCUGAGCUCAGGCGAGACGGGCACCGGAGCCGCCUCACCUUUCGUCAUUGCCAUGAAGAACAUGAAUGUCGGAGUUCUCCCGCAUUUUGUCAACGCUCUACUGUUGACGAGUAUCUAUUCGGCCGGGAACGCUUACGUCUACUGCUCUUCUCGCAGUCUUUACGGGUUGGCGUUAAAUGGCCACGCUCCGAAGUUUCUUACCAAGUGCACCAGGCAAGGUGUUCCCAUCUACUGUCUUGGCUCUGUGAAGGUUUUGACUUGGCUCACAAAUCUCAUCACUGGCGGAACUCUGGUGACUUACAUCGUCAUUUGUGUCAACUAUCUCUUCUUCUAUCGAGCUUUGAAAGCCCAGAACUUCAACAGAUCCGAUCUCCCCUAUCGCGGAUAUCUCCAGCCUUAUGGCACUUGGGUUGCUUUGGUCUGGCUCAUGGCGGUGGAGAUCUUCUAUGGAUAUGCCAUCUUCUUACGGGGCCGGUGGGAUACUGGUAUCUUCUUCAGCAAUUACACCAUGGGAUUUCUCGCGAUCUGUCUGUUCUGCGGCUGGAAGAUCCUCAAGCGCACUAAGUUCAUCAGGCCCGAGCACGCCGAUCUGGUUUGGAUCCGCCCGACAGUCGAUGAACACGAAGCGGCGAUGGCGGGUAACGAGAAUGAGGUCGGGCUCCGCAGACGCCUAGCGCAGAUGGUCAGGGUCGACUUGAAACUCAGUCGGGCGUCCCGGAGCCCUCGGGUUUAG